AUAUCUGGGUUAUAAGAUCUACAAGGAUGUCAGCCAGGUCUAUUCUGCAUACAUUGACUGCUGUAUCCCCAACAUAUUGCCCAAUAGCUUUACAUAUAGUCAACUCUAAAUAAUAGUUGGUCAUGAAGUCUAUAGGACUCUCCAAGGAAUGAUUGAAUUAUCAUCCUUACUGUUGCUGGAAGUUGGGACAGAUGGGCCACUUGUGAACAGGUAGCACACUCAAGAAGGACUUCUAAAGAACUAGAGGAUUCUAUUGCUUUACGUGGAGGAAAUAAUUCCCUGUUUAUAAGGCCCACAUGUGGCUCAACACCACUGCUUCUCCCUUCCUUCUGACUGGCUUCCCAGGCAUGGAGAAGGCACAUCACUGGAUUUCCAUCCCAUUGUUGGUAGUCUAUAUCUCCGUAGUUCUUGGCAAUGGUAUCCUUCUCUUUCUCAUCAGGGAUGACCAUAACCUUCAUGAGCCUAUGUACUAUUUCUUAGCUAUUCUGGCAGCUACAGACCUCGGGGUGACUCUGACCUCUAUGCCCACAGUGCUGUGUGUCCUAUGGUUAAAUCACAGAGAGAUUGGCCGUGGAGCCUGCUUCUCUCAGGCCUACUUUAUGCACACUUUUUCUAUUGUGGAGUCAGGUGUGUUGCUUGCCAUGGCCUAUGCAUUCAUUGCCAUCUGCAACCCCUUGAGAUAUAACUCUAUCCUUACCAACACCCAAGUAAUGAAGAUUGGGGUGGGAGUAUUGAAAAGGGCUUGUCUGUCAAUAAUGCUAAUAAUUAUUAGACUGCACUGGUUUCCCUGUUGUCAAUCCCAUGUUCUCUCCCAUGUUUUCUGUUUACACCAAGAUGUUAUCAAGCUAGCCUGUGCUGACAUCACCUUCAAUCAUCUCUAUCCAGUUGUGGUUGUGUUUGCAAUGGUCUUGUUGGACUUUCUCAUCAUCGUUUUCUCCUACAUUUUGAUUCUCAAGACUGUCGUGGGCAUUGCUUCUGGAGAAGAGAGGACCAAGGUCCUCAACACUUGUGUCUCCCACAUCUGUUGCAUCCUGGUCUUCUAUGUCACUGUGGUUGGUCUGACCUUUAUUCAUAGAUUUGGAAAGCAUGCUCCUCAUGUGGUUCACAUCACAAGGAGCUACAUAUACUUCCUUUUUCCACCUUUUAUGAACCCUGUUAUCUAUAGCAUUAAAACCAAGCAGAUCCAGAGUGGUAUACUUCGUUUAUUAUCUCUGUCUCAUUCUAGAGCAUGA